AUGGAUAUAAAAAAUGGAUAUGAAGAGUUGUUAAAUAAGACGAAUGAAGAAAUUAGGAAUAAUGAAAUCAUCGAAGUGAUCACAAUAAUCAAUGGGCAUAAAAUUGGUUACUGUAAAUAUGGCUCUGGCAAGUAUAUUAUGCUAUUCAUUUGUGGUGGACUUGGUUGCUAUGCAAAGGAUUUCCCGGAAAAAUUGCUAAAGUCUUUCAAUCCUGAUAAUUAUACAAUAAUUUGCAUCGAUCCACCUGGUUAUGGUAAAAGUCGCCCUCCGGAUCGACAACAGGAAAUAAAUCGAUGUAUGAACGAUGCACCUUUUUGUAUAAAGCUUAUGCAGCAAUUGAACCUAACACCUUUCAUAGUACUUGGAUGGAGUGAAGGUUCUCGAACGGCAAUUCAUGUUGCUGGACAAGGAAAACAACUCGUAAAAGGUGCAAUUUUAUUGGCCACAGGUACUCGUAUUGAUCAACGUGGAGCACGCGUUUUCCGUGGUAUGCGAAAUGUUGAUCAAUGGUUGCCAGAUGCAUUGGAAGUAUAUUUAAAGCAUUAUCCAAAAGAAUUUGUUGAAAAGCAAUGGGCUGAUUUAUGUGAUGUCGUUCAAGAAGUGUAUGAUUUGCUUGGAGGACGUUUUCCAUGUGAUCAUGUACUAUCUGACUUAAAGAUUCCUGUAAUGAUUAUGACCGGUGGUAUGGAUCGAUUUUGCGCCGAUCCUAAAUACUUUGAAACAGUAGUUGCCAAUUGCAGAAUCGAGAAGCAUUCACUUGGUGGUCAUGACUUCCAUUUAAAGUAUCCGCGAUGGUUUGCUGAUAAAAUUCAUGAAUUUAUUAGUGAUUCAAAAAAUCAUUUUUUCAGCUAA